GAGAUUAGCGAAGCUGCUAAACGCGUUCAUUAAUCUCGGGUGGGCUUUGAGCUGUGCUUAGCUGUCUCCUCCUUGCCUUUCCUCUUCACCGCACUCCUCCAAAUACCUAGAAGUCAUCCUUUGUCCUCGUUCCCUUUCGAUCUCUUCUUCUGAAAUCUGACAAUGAGAUGAAGAAGAGAGGUAGAAGAUUGUCGGAGCUGUGCUGCUUCGUCUUCCUUUUCUCGAUCUACUUAGCGGCUGCGCCGGCGGCGGCGGAGUCGGAGGUUGGUUGGCAUGGCCUCGAGGAUGCCGAUGCCGGACUCUUACGGCGGCGGCAGCUUCUGUACUACGUCGACGAGUACGGCGACCGCGGCGAGGGAGUGAGCGUCGACCCCUCCUUCCACUUCGACAACCCCCGCCUCCGCGACGCCUAUGUCGCGCUUCAGGCGUGGAAGCAGGCUAUUCUCUCUGACCCCUACAACUUCACCGGCAACUGGGUGGGACCCAACGUCUGCUCCUAUUCAGGCGUCUUCUGCGCUCCGCUUCCCUGCAACAGUUCGCUCACCGUCGUCGCCGGCAUCGACCUAAACCACGCCGACAUUGCGGGGUACCUCCCGGAGGAGCUCGGCCUACUUACGGAUCUCGCACUCUUCCACAUCAACUCCAACCGCUUCUGCGGCACUGUCCCGCACGAGUUCUGCAAGCUGACUCGCCUCUUCGAGAUUGAUCUGAGCAACAACCGCUUCGCCGGUAAGUUCCCUCGGGUGCUCCUCGAGCUUCCUGCGCUCAAGUUUCUUGACAUACGGUUCAACGAGUUCGAGGGCGGCGUGCCCCGCGAGCUCUUUGACAAGCCGCUCGAUGCCAUCUUCAUCAACCACAACAGGUUUGUGUUCGACAUUCCGGACAAUAUCGGAAACUCGCUGGUGUCCGUCAUCGUUCUGGCCGACAACAGGUUCGGAGGAUGUCUCCCGGCUAGCCUUGGCAAUAUGUCGAACACCUUGAACGAGAUCAUCCUGAUGAAUAAUGGGCUCCGGUCCUGCCUCCCGUCCGAGAUUGGCCUGCUCAGGAAGCUCACGGUGUUUGACAUCAGCUUCAACCAGCUGCUGGGGCCUCUGCCGGAGGAGAUCAGCGGCAUGACUGACCUCGAGCAGCUCGACGUUGCGCAUAAUCUGUUGUCAGGAGACAUCCCAGAGGCCAUCUGCGAGCUUCCACACCUGCAGAAUUUUACUUACUCCUACAAUUUCUUCACUGGCGAGCCACCGCCGUGCUUAAAAGUUCAGUCUUUCGAUGAUAGGAGGAAUUGCCUGCCGAAACGGCCGUGGCAGCGGUCGGCGAAGCAGUGCAGAUCGUUCUUGUCGCACCCGGUGGAUUGUAGUACGUUCCGUUGCAAGCCAUUCGUGCCCGAGCUUCCUCCACCUCCUCCUCCAUCCCCGCCCCCGCCAUCUCCGCAUCCACCAAUUUACUUUCCGCCACAUUCACCGCCUCCACCAUCUCCACCGCCGCCAUCUCCAUCUCCACCAUCUCUGCCGCCGCCAUCUCCUUCUCCACCUCCACCAUCUCCGCCUCCACCAUCUCCCCCGCCUCCUUCUCCACCUCCGCCAUCCCCGCCUCCACCAUCUCCACCGCCGCCGUCUCCACCUCCGCCAUCCCCACCUCCACCGUCUCCACCGCCUCCUUCUCCUCCACCCCCAUCUCCACCGCCACCGUCGCCCCCACCCCCUUCCCCACCUCCUCCGUCGCCCCCACCACCUCCACCGCCUAAUUCACCACCUCCACCGCCCCUGUAUUACUACUCUCCGCUUCCGCCACCUAAUUUACCUCCACUGCCGGUUUACCACUACGGAUCACCGCCGCCACCUAAUUUAGGUCCGCUGCCGGUUUACCACUACGGAUCACCGCCACCACCCACGUUAUAUCCCCCGCCUCCAAAACUUAAUUACGAAGCUCCAUUGCCACCCGUUGUUGGAGUCAAAUACGCAUCUCCCCCUCCUCCUCCACUCUAUUAAUUCUUUUGGAAUUAUUCUCAUCCUCCCAAAAAUCUUUCAUUCAUUUGUGAUUCUUAUGGUGCUUGAUUCUCCAUCAUGUUUUUGAUUUAUCAGAUUAUUUCUUUGAACAUUUUGAUGCUUAUCAAGCAAUCUUAAAUUCGAGAUGAAAGAAGCAAGUUUUACUUGGAUUACCACUGCUUUGUGCAUGCAACUUCCAUCAUUUGGACAAAGCAAUGGAGUAAGGGAACGCUGGGGAACAUCUCCACAGUAACUUGAGCUACAAAUAUAUAUGUUUGUGAAUAAAUGAUUGACAGCAAGAGAUGGAGUAAGUGCAAGGGAAAAAUGAGUACAGAGAACAUGAGACUCAAGAUAUGCAGAUCACUUCGGGGUAUCAUCUUCUUUUGUUAUACUUUGUUAUUUUCAUUUUAUUUUUUAUAUCAUGAACACAGAUUCUCAAAGCAUGCUUUGCAACUAUUAUCAAUGGUGUCUAUACAUUGUCAGUUUGUAAUGAGUGCUUGUGUUUGAAUAACAACUAUGUGCUUGCACAUUAUUCUAGCCA